GGUAAAAACAAGGAAGCAGGUUGUUCCGGCGAGCCGCCGCCACAUGCGUUGGGUUGCACAUAUUCCCUGGGGAACUGGACCCGAACUUAAGCCCAACUCAAGCGGCGUCAGAAUGUCUGCAGAGAGCUCAGCUGAGGGGGAGCCGUCCCAAAACCGGCCCACGUCCCAGCAGGGUUCUGGUUCGUCCAGCGGUCCCACCUCGGCCAGCCAAUCGUCCAGCGGCUCGGGGACGCUGAGCAGCGUGGACACGCUCCCUGUCACGCUGCCUUCUGUCCCGGAGGAGGCAGAACUUCAGCCCUGGGGCCGGCUGCUCCCCAUGGCUCCGGGUUUCCGGAGCCACGAGUGUGUGGAGGACCGGUACCUGUUCGGACGGGACGCCGCCUGCGACUACGUCCUGGACGACCCGCAGGACAGGAAGUCCAAGAGGUUCAGGAUCUACAGCAAGAAGCACUUCAAGAUCUACAGGGAGGGCUCGGAGGUCUUCGUGGAGGACUAUAGUAACAACGGGACGUUUGUGGACGGGGUGAAGGUUGGUCAGAACAAGAAGCUUCCUCUAACGAAUAACGCCGUCCUUUCUCUGGCUGAGCAGCGCAACCGAGUGUUCGUCUUCAUCGACCUGAUGUCCGACGAUCAGUCAAGUUUACCCAGAACUCUGCAGGACAAAUAUGUGCUGACCCGCCGGAUCGGAACGGGCGUCUGCGGUGAGGUGCGACUGGCCUUCGAACGCUCCACCUGCAGGAAGUUUGCCGUUAAGAUCAUCAAGAAGAAGAACUUCCAGUCUGAGGGGACGGCGAAACGGAACGCAGAGACGGAGAUUGAGAUCCUGCAGAGAGUCGAUCAUCCGUGUCUCAUAAAGACGGAGGACUUCUACCAGACGGAGGACAGCUACUACAUCGUCCUGGAGCUCAUGGAGGGCGGUGAGCUCUUCCACAGAGUGAAGUCCCAGCAACAGCUUGAUGAAGGCGUUGCCAAACUCUACUUCUAUCAGAUGCUCUGCGCCGUGCAGUAUCUCCACAGCAACGGGAUCAUCCACAGAGAUCUGAAGCCAGAGAACAUCCUCCUGUCCUCCAGUGAGGACGAAUGUCUCAUCAAGGUGACGGAUUUCAACCAGUCCAGGAUCCUGGAGGAGGCGGCCCUGAUGCGGACGCUGUGUGGGACUCCAUCCUACCUGGCCCCUGAGGUCUUCACCCACGCCUCCAGCACCGGUUACGGGCUGGCAGUGGACGCCUGGAGCCUGGGCGUGCUUCUAUUCGUCUGCCUCAGCGGCUACACGCCGUUCCACGAGAGCUUCAGCCAGCGCUCGGUGACGGAGCAGAUCGUCCGGGGGGAAUUCACCAUGGUCCCGUCCAAGUGGAGGCGCGUCUCCAACCAAGCCAAAGACAUGGUGAGGAAGCUGCUGGUGGUCGACCCCACGCUGAGGAUGACUGUGGAUGAAGCUCUGCAGCACCCCUGGCUGCAGGACCAGCUGAUGUUGCAGACGGCUCACAGGCUCAUGAGGCCGGCAGGAGGAAGAGGAGAUGCUGCUGCUGAUGAAGAUCCAUCUGCUGCUGUUUCCACGGAGGCGGGUCCAUCCGCAGCAGGAAGUUUAAAUCGGAAACGAGGAAGAGGAGAGGAGGAAGAGGAGCAUCUUCAACAUCCUGCAAAGAGGAAGUUCUAGUGCUGUAGAACCGGUCCGGUUCCAGAAUAAACAGAACCAUAAAAACCAUCUGCAGUGUUUUUAUUUCAAUAAUGAAAUCAUU